AUGGCAAUGAGCUGCUUUGCCACUGCCAGAGAAUCUGUCAAGCGCAAGAGAGCUCUUCCACCAGCUCAUUUUUCAUUGAAGAUUGAAUCAUUUGAAGUACUAUCAAAGUUGGACAAGUAUGAUUCCGGUGUAUUUAAAGCUGGGGGCCACGAAUGGAGGCUAUCUCUUUACCCUAAAGGAAACAAGGAUGAUAAUGGUUCGGGAUAUAUUUCCCUCUAUUUGUCAAUCGAGUACCGUCUCAAUAAGACGGUUUACGUCAACUACAAGCUUUUUGUGCAUGACAAAUUACGAAAGGAGUAUUUGACCAUUCAAGAUGCCGAUGAGGCGAUAAGCUGCUUCCAUGGCUCGAAGACCCGAUGCGGGUUUCCUCGGUUUUCUUCCCUGAAAGAAUUCAAAAAACGUUCAAAUGGAUACCUUGAUGAAAAGUACUCUUGUACAUUUGGGGCUGAAGUUUUUGUCAUCGAACCUGACAAGGUGAAGGAGGAGUCUUUUACCUUGAUCAGAUACCCGGAACAAAGCACAUUCACAUUGAAGAUCGAAAACUGGUCCACAUUGGGCACGGAUCCUCGGUUCAUAGAGUUUGACUGCGAAAAAAGGAAAUGGAAGUUAUUGGUGUAUCAAAAAGGCAAUGAGGCCGGGAAGGGAAAGUCGCUGUCCGUUUACUUGGAAGUGCAACGCCUUACUGAGAAGAUGCAAGUUUAUGCAGAUUUCAAUUUGCGUGUGUUGGACCAACUCAAAGGGAAACAUAAGGAGAAGCAAUUUGAGCGCUGGCUAAGUGCCUCACAUCCCCAAGUGGGCGAUGCAGACUUUAUGCCCUUGAAGGAUCUCGAGAAAUCAAAGAAAGGGUUCGUUCAAAAUGAUGCUCUGGUGGUUGAAGUCCAGAUCCGCAUUGUAUCGGGGCCGGGCAUUGUACCAUCGAAGCCAGGGCAGGGCAUCGUACCAUCGAAGCCAAGGCCGAGGGUCGCACCAUCGAAGCCGGGGCUAGGCAUCACACCAUUGCAGCCGGGGCUGGGCAUCAAUAAAUUCCUUGAGGAUAGUGUGUACGUGUACUUCCAGGCGGUGGAUUCGGCGGAGGCGAGGCGUCGCGGGCGAAGCUCGGGCUUCCGGGUUCCGGCGAGGGCUCCUGCGGACGCCGGAUCUGGCGCGGGUGUCGCGGACGGCGGAUCGUGCGGCGAGGGGCUCGACGCUGGCUGUGAUGACUCUGGGUCAAGCGAAUCAGUGACGGGGCGGCACGGCGACGCGGGGAAUCGGAUCGUGGCUGCUGCAGGGACCUCGGAUCUGCAAGCGGAGAGGCCUCGGCGUCUGGAUCUCGGCUCGGCGGCAGCAGCGACUUCACGGGCGGAGCGAGGCGUCGCUCGAAGAUGCAGCGGCGCGGCGGUGCUACACGUGGAGGCGUGCGACCACGGUGGAGACAGAUCGGCGAUGGUGCAGCGAACGGCUCCGGCGUCGGGGGUCUAG